AUGGAAGUGGAAGGCAAUCGGACAUUGCUUACUGAUUUUGUCUUGCUUGGGUUUACAACAGACCCAUUUCUACGCAUAAUCUUCUUUAUGCUGUUCUUGGCCUCCUACACCCUAACGCUGACUGGUAAUUUGGGCCUUGUAGCACUGAUCUACCUGGACUCCCGCUUGCACACACCCAUGUACUUCUUUGUGGACAACCUUUCCUUCCUGGAUAUUUGGUACUCCACAGUCUACACUCCUCGGAUCUUGUCUGACUGUGUGUCCAAGAACAACCACAUUUCCCUAGCUGGUUGUGCAGCCCAGUUCUUCUUCUCUGCUGGCUUAGCGUACACUGAAUGCUUCCUAUUGGCCUUCAUGGCCUAUGACCGCUUUGUGGCCAUCUGCAAUCCACUCCUUUAUGUCACAGCAAUGCCCAAGAAGCUCUGCAUUCAGUUGGUGGUAGGAGCUUAUGCAGCUGGCUUUGCCAAUGCAAUUGUACACACUGGCAACACCUUUCGGCUAGAUUUCUGUGGCAAUAAUGUGAUCAACCAUUACUUUUGUGAUGGGCCUCCACUUCUUAAAAUGUCCUGUAAUGACAUAGGUUUCUAUGAACUCAUUGUGGCUGCUGUAUUAGGUUCCAAUUUGCUAGUAACUACAGCUAUCAUUGUGAGCUCAUACGUUGGCAUUGGAGUAGCCAUAGUUAACAUCCGGUCAGCUACAGGGAGACGCAAAGCCUUCUUCACUUGCUCAGCUCACUUGAUGUCAGUCUCCCUCUUCUAUGGUUCCAUUUUCAUCAUGUAUCUCACACCCAACUUUAACCACACUCCAAACUGGGACAAGACAAAUGCACUGUUCUAUACUGUAGUCAACCCUCUGGCCAACCCUGUCAUUUACAGUUUACGCAACAAGGAUGUGAAGGCAGCCCUCAAGAAAGUCUGA